GAUAGUUCUCCGCCUCUAUUUCGACUUCGAGUGCAAUUGUUGUUUUGUGAAAACAAAGUGCAAAAAUAGCGUUUUCAAAUGAACCGAGCGCCUUUGGACACGUGGACCAAGCGGGAGCAUCUGUGCCUGGCGUCAUCGGUUUCCUGCAGCGGCGACCAGAACUGGAUUACAGUCAGUCGCACGUUGAAAACAGUCUGCGGCAAUGGCAACAGCAACAACAGCAGACCGGCAGAUUGGUACUCGCAGAAGAAUUGUGCCGUGCAGUACGGAAACCUGCUGGAGAGCGUGGAGGCCACCAAGCGCAAGAAGCGCAGCAGUGAGAGCAGUGCUGGGGUCUCCUCCCCGGCCUCGGUGGAGACCCCAACAGAGCUGCUGCUCCGUCGGCUGACAGAGGAGCGAAUGCAGGAGAUAAAGGCGCAGAUGCGCUCCGAUCAGGAAAUGUAUCUCAAGAUACAGCGCGAGAUCGAUUCGUUGCAGUCGGACGAGGUAGACGAGCAGGAGAUGCAAGACAUGUGGCAGGAGAUCGAGAAAGAGCAGGAGACGAAGCGCAUUGAGGAAAUGAAAUUGGAGAAUCAAAUGCGCGAGCGGGAGCAGCGCAAAAAGGAGAUGACGGCCAACUGGCGCAACAACAGUCCCGCCGCACGGCGAUCUGUUCAGACAACGGACACAACCGCCGUCGACAUGGAUGUGGAGGACAUCAACAGCGGUGGCAACAAACAGCAGCAAGCUGGGCCGUCUCCUCUGCUCACAUCCCUGCUGAAGUCACCCACAAGCAGCAGUCCAGCUGCUCCUCCCUCGACGCCCGGCACUGGCAGUAGUGUGGCUAGAGCUACGGCUCCCACCAUAACCUCGCUGCUGACCAGCGGAGCCAGCACUGUGUCCAGCCAGCCGGCCAUCUCCAUGAAGAGCCCCUCCGAUGCGGCAUUCAUGUCACGCCCCAUUACCGGGCCACCAGCCACUGAAGCGCUCACACCCACUACUCCCACCCUGGAGCGCAGUCCCUCACAGUCAGCUCCAACCCUCUCAAUGCUGCUGGAGAAGAACAAAGCGGCGGCGGCAAAGGCUGCCGAGGCUGUCGACAGCGCGGAGAAAUCUGAGAGCACAGCAAGCCAGGAGCAGCCUCUGCUGGAUGACGCAGGAAACGCCCUGGUCGAUGCCGAUGAGGCCGACCAGCUGCUGGAGGGGAUGUCAAACAUCGACGACAUUGACAUUGACAUGGCCAGCGUGAUCGAUGAUGAGAUCUUAAAGGAAGUAGAUGAGGCGAUUGCCUCUCCUGUGCCCGACAAAUCCGAGGGGAUUGACUUCGAGGACAAGCUGGACGCACUAAAGAGAAAACAGACCAGAUCCACGCCCACCGGCGAAGUGGCCAAGCCAGUUGAGGUGGUAAUUGGCUCCAGUGAUGACUCAAACGAUAAUAUACCACUGGCGGCAGUUGUAUCGCAGGACAACAGCAAAGACCGCACUGUGACUGCCUCCGAAGGAAAUGGAAGGCCGGAGGAUACAGAGCGUCUGGCCAGCGAGGUGGCUGUAGAAGAGAUUGGGGAGACGAUAACACUCAUCAGCACAUCCAGUGAGGACACGGCAGGUUCUCCGCCAACUAAAGCUGACCAGGAGGUCUCGAAGAACGAAGAAGAGAAAUCCACAAAUGAGGCGACAACUGAAGCUGUUAGCGAAGCCGCCGACACAGUAGAAGCUACAGAGGAGUCCGAAACAAGUGCUGAGCCAACAUCGGCAGCAGGUGAAGCAAAAGCAAGCCUAGAGAAAACCGACAAGCAGCAGGCACUGGAGGAAAAGACUGCCACACUCUCGGCACCGGUUGCUGUGUCCCUGCACGACACGGACGAGGAGACCUCUUCGUUGACGGACAGCAGCAAGCAGGACGAUCCGCCACGCAGUGUCAGAUCUAAGCAGCAGCAAUCCGCCAAGCAUUCGGCCGCCGAGGAGCAUUCCAAAGCUGACCAGGAACAGGCUGGAACUCCCCAGCCCCCAUCGGCACCGGCUCGAGCACCGCUUCUGCGCAAGCUGCCCCAUCGAGAUCGCUCAGAGAGCCCCAUGGUGGACGACGAUACAACGACAGCCAGCGACCAUUCGACGGCCAGAUCGAGCACACGGCGCCGAUAUUCAUCGACGCCAGUGAUCGACAGUAUACCCAAUUCGCCGGCCUCCAGCGAGCACACCGACGAGAAGCGCGAGACCCGAGCCGCCACCAAGAAGCUCUUCCUCUCCAUCUAUGCGACGCUGCAGGAGAGCAAGCACGCAGCUCCCUUUCGUCGACCCUUUCACGACGAGCACGCCCAGCGACAUGCGGAGAUCUGUCUGCGCCACAUGGACUUCCCCACCAUCAAGCGCAACAUCGACUCUGGCCUGAUACGCAGUCUAAACGAGCUGCACCGCGAUGUGCUGCUCAUGGCCCACAACGUGCUGCUGGCCUACAAGCCCCACACCACGCAGUACAAGACGGCGCGUCUGUUCCUGGAAGAUGUCCAGGCGCUGAAGGAGUUCUCGGUGGUGCCAGAGACGGCAGCCAGCAGCAGCGCCAGCAUCUCCACUCCGGCCGCCAACAGCAGCGGCAGCAGCAGCAGUAGAGCUGAGAGGCCACAUGGCAGCAAGGCACGAAGUGGGUUCAGGAAGAGCCAAAGGCAUCAUUAGCCAGGGAAGGAGGACAGCUCACAAAAGAUUCCUCAUCAGAUAAGUAUUCCAUAUCGAGUGCACACACAAAUACCAAUUUAGGGAACAUUUUUACGCAUUUCCAUCAACAAUAAAUAAAUCAUAACAUUUAAUUAAUCGAA